UGAGUAAAGCAGCAGGCUGGUUUGUGAGUCAUUGUAGCACCUGCCUACUUGAGGCCAAGUUCACUAGCUUAGUUGUGGGAACUGGAAACCAGGUCUAGAGACUAAGGCUUUCUCAGUGCCCUUGUCAGCUCACAACAGAAGUGAUCAGCCUUGAGUUGAGGAAAUUGUGGCUGGACAGGCAGCAAGGCAGUUCUGCCCCCAUCGUCUUCCUGCUGACGGGUAGCUGCCGAGUCCAUGCACAGCUGAGCACCUAAGGCAAAGAGGAGUGCAUUUGACCCCAAGUCCCGUGAGGAUGUUGGGGCAAGUUGUUACCCUCACACUCCUCCUGCUCCUUAAGGGGCAGCAGGGCCAAGAAUUCCCAGAUUCUAUUGACAACUAUGUGGUUUGCCUUACUGGAAAGCGUGUCAAGCUCAGACCUCCCAAACCACAGGCAAAGACAAAGAUAUACUCUGUUGAAUGGAAGCUCCAACGGCCCGUGAAUUCUUCUGCAAUACUGACAUGGAAGAAUAAUUCUACUCAGAUGCAUAGUUCUGACAGUAGAUUUGGUUUUGACAAUGAAGACUUAACUCUUCUCAUUGAAAGAGCUAAACCACAGGACAGUGGUCUGUAUACAAUGGAGGUCACAGAGGAGUCUGGGAGUGUUUCCACUGUGUCCUUCAAUGUGUCAGUAUUGGAUCAUGUUGAGAAGCCCCAAAUGUGGGCGCAGUGGAAAGCCCUUGAUGAAGGGAUAUGUCAAGUGGCUCUGUUCUGCCUGGUCCCUAGGGAUGACGAUGUGAGUUACACUUGGUACAGAGGGAGUGAGGUGAUUGCCACACAGAAGAACCAUACCUACGUGGAGGAGCAGAUCCAUGUCAGUGGCCCACACACAUACACCUGCAAUGUCAGCAACCCUGUCAGCUGGGACAGCCAUUCCUUUAACCUCACUCAGGGCUGUCUGGGAGACUCCUUGACAUCCCGAUUUCUGCUCUUUUUGGUGAUCAUCCUGGUUCUAAUCAUACUGUUCGUUGGAAGCCUGGCUAGCUGGUAUGUGUGGGAGCAGAAGAAGAAGCAGUCACAGACCCGUUCCCAGAGAAUUCUGACUGUUUAUGAAGAUGUCAAAGACCUGCAAGUCACGAGGAAUCAAAAGCAGAAUGAAGAGCAGAAAUCUCCUGGAGAAGGGAGCACCAUCUACUCUAUGGUCGAGCUCCAGUGUUCAGCCUCCACAUCACAAGAAACUACUAAAACAUUAUAUUCAAUGAUACAUCAUUCUCGGAAGAAGAGGAAUCACAGUUCUUCUGGCACUUGCACCAUCUACGAAGAGGUUGGAAAUCAAUGCCCCAAGGACCAUAACCCUUCCUGACUGAGCCACAAGGAGCUGGAGAGCUUUGAUAUUUACCCCUAAAUGUUGCAGCGGAUCUUGCCUUCUUUUAUACCUGCUCUGGGAAUCAACACAACAAAUGAUGUCAUAUGUAUCUAUGUAUCUAUAUGUAUCUAUGGAACAAACUCGGGAAUGGAAAUAAUACAGAAAUGUACUCAGGGUCUAUAUUUUGUUUAGAAAAUGAUUUCUAACAGUCCCUACAAGAGCAAUUUGUAGACCAGACAAGAAUGGGUGGAGAGGUUGAGUUGGUCACAUUCUGGCUUAUUUUGUCUAUAAAGCUCUAUGAACAUGUAGAGUAGAGAUGCCUUCCUUCUAUUUCUAACCUGUUCCAUUUCUGGGUCCUCCCCUUGCUCAGGAUCACCUUCCACAGCAAGGUCAAGGAAAGAGAUGGUUACUCCAAGAAAGAGGAAGCCACUUUCCCCCAUGAGGCCGUGAUUUCCGCUGUUAGUUGGCUGGCAGCUCUUGCUGAAAAUCAGAGCCUGGGCUUCACUCAAAUGCAGGGGACCCCUCUCCCUCAU